UUUUAUAUUGACCGCCAAAAAGUCAAGUUCACAAAUAUAUUUAUGAUAGUUUUCGCAUCUGGUGUUCUACUGUUCUGGACUUCUGGUAAUACAUUCUAUAAACUAAAUAUUUUUCUUUUAUUAUUUAAAAAAAUAUAAAGGCCAUUUAUUACGUUUUUGAUGAAGUUUGUAUAACAUUGUUCAAACAUGAACUCCAAUAAUAAUAACAACGAUGGAAUUUGUUUUUCAACAUUUGGUACAAAUGAAUAUUGUUCAAAAUAUAAUGGUAAUGCAAAUGAAGAUAUGAAUUCAUCAACUUGUGAUAACCAAUUGUAUCCAGUAAAUAAAUUGCCAGAAAAAUAUAGACAUAUAUUUUCAAAUUAUACGUACUUCAAUAAAAUACAAACAAAAGCAAUCGACGCUAUUUUCAACACUGAUAAGUCAGUCGUUGUGUCUUCACCAACUGGAUCCGGAAAAACAGUUAUUUUUGAAUUAGCUAUAAUACGUUUUUUAGAAACGCUCGACAAGUUUUCUUAUAAUUUACAAAACUUUAAAAUAAUUUACGUGGCUCCAAUAAAAGCAUUGUGUUCCGAACGUUAUGAAGAUUGGAAAAAUAAAUUUACAGUUCAUGGACUUAAAUGUAUUGAAAUAACUGGAGAUUCGGAAGUUGCAGAUUAUGUAUCUUUAAUAAAUAAUCAUCAGUUAAUAAUAACUACUCCGGAAAAAUGGGAUUCAUUGACGAAAAAAUGUAAAGAAUUUAAGUAUCAAUUGUACAUGGUCAAACUUUUCUUGAUCGACGAGGUUCAUUUAAUAAACGAUGGGACUCGUGGUGCAACAUUAGAAACUAUUGUCAGUCGCAUAAAACUAAUUCCAAAAGUUACAAAAAUAAAUGAUUUUACAUUACGUUUUGUGGCUGUAUCUGCUACAGUGACAAAUAUUGAAGAUAUUGCAAAAUGGUUAUCUAAUGAUCAAAAUUAUCCCGCCCAUUACUUGAAAAGUACGGAAGACGAAAGACCUGUGAAAUUACAAAAAAUUGUAUUAGGUUAUAACUAUAAGACAAGUAGUUUCAAAUUUGACUUUGAUCUAACCUAUAAACUUAAACCUUUAAUAAGACAGUAUUCAAAUGGGCGGCCAACUUUAAUAUUUUGUUCUACAAGGAAAAGCGUAGAGUUUACUUGUAGUAUUUUAGUGAAAGACACAACAAUUGCAAUACCUGACGACAAACAAAGUUAUAUCAACGAAUUUUCGAAAGAAAUUAAUAACAAUAAAAUUAAAGAAAUGUUUAGAUUCGGCAUUGGUUUUCAUCACGCUGGCAUGUCUAUUAAUGAAAGAAGAGUUGUAGAAAAUUUGUUUCGUAAUAGAUGCUUAAACAUACUUAUCGCUACUAGUACUUUAGCAAUGGGAGUUAAUUUACCAGCACAUUUAGUUAUUAUAAAAUCUACUGAAUAUUAUUCGUUUAAUGGCUAUAAAGAAUACAACGAAUGUCAAAUAUUACAAAUGGUUGGAAGAGCUGGAAGACCUCAAUUUGAUAGUACUGCUACUGUUAUCAUUAUGACGAAAGCAUCAAUGAAGAGUCGUUACGAAGAAAUAUUGAUCGGAAACCAAUUUGUAGAGAGUCAUCUUCAUAAAUACUUGAUUGAACACUUGAAUGCAGAGAUAUUUUUGGGUACAAUCUACAAUGUAACUGUUGCAAUGAAUUGGAUAAGGUCAACGUUUUUAUAUGUUCGAGCGUGUAAAUCGCCUCAAAAUUACGGAAUGAUCAAAAACCUUAAUGUCCAAGAAAUAGAAAACAGGCUACAAAAUUUGUGUUUAACGGAAAUCAAAGCACUAGCAUGCACGGGGUUAAUCAACUUUGUCGAUGGGAAUAAUGAAAUCACUUCAAAACCAGAAUGCGAAAUAAUGGCUAAGUAUUCAAUAAGCUUUGUAACAAUGAAAAAAUAUAUGCAACUAAAAGGAACUGAGACCUUAAAUGAUAUGAUACAAUUAUUGGCUCUCUCUAAAGAAUUCGAGUACAUAAAACUGAGAAGAUCUGAAAAAGGAGCUUUGAAUAUUUUGAAUAAAAAUAAAUUACCUGGUGCAAAUGUUUUACGAUUUCCCAUCAAAGAAGGAAUAAAUACUCGAGAAACUAAAAUCAAUUGCCUUUUACAAGCAACCCUAGGGACGUUAAAAAUUACGGACAGUUCGCUAGCACAAGACGCGAGUAAAAUAAUUUUAAUUUCAACACGAUUAACUAAGGCUUUAAGGGAUAUCACGUUCAAAGGUAAAAAAUUCGAAAUAGCUCGAGUCGCGUGCAUUUUAGCCAAAUGUGUGACAACGAAAUUAUGGGAGCAAUCAAAGUUUGUAUCAAAGCUUAUUCCAAGAGUAGGUCAAGUGUUAUCAGAAGAUUUUGUUUUAAAUGGAAAAACUACAUUAAAAUCAAUCAGGGAUACAGAUCCUAGAGAUUUAGAACGGAUCCUCAACCGACAACCUCCGUUUGGAAACCACAUACACGAAUUUAUUCGACAGAUUCCAAAAUAUAAAGUGCUUACAACUUUUGACGAAAUUUUAGAACAAGUUAUCGUAACACUCUUUUUAAUUGAUCACCAUAAUAUUUCAGCAAAUGUAUUACUUCAAACCGUAACUGUUUUAGUGGGUGAUUCUGAAAAUCGUCUGCUAAAAGUUCAACAAAUACGUAAUGAAGAAUUUUUGGAACAAGGAGGAGUCAUAAAUAUCAUUACAUCAUUACAAAAUAAAUUUUUUUUGGAUAAACACAACUACGAAAUCACUAUUUGUUUAAUAAGUGAUUAUUGGGUCGGAAUCGAUAUUGAGAUUAAGUUCAAACCAGGCGAUCAUGAAGAACAUGUUAAAGAAUCUAUGAGUGAAGAAAAUUGUAAUGAUGAAUCGCCGUUGAAAAAUUUUCCCUCUCCACUACAGAAAAAAAAACGAACUUCGAGAGUAACAAAACAAGGCAAUAAAGACAAAAUACAAUUAAAUAUUAAAAAAUAUUUGCAUAACAUUCCUUCGAGAGAUCAGGACCCUAAAGUCAUGAAUAAACUGCGUGUGGAAGAGGAUACUGAUGUUAAGCGUUAUGCCAAUGAAAGUAGUGUUGCAACACAUAGAAUUGCAGGCGAUAUGUUCGAAACACAAACUUAUUGCCGAAACAAUAGACAGUUAAAUGAAUAUUUUAAAUUCGACAGAGACGAUUUAAAUAACUAUUUCUGUUACGAUGAGUUAAUCAAUGACGACGUAUUCGGUGAUUUAUUCGUACCCGAAGAUAAUAAUCAUGUCAUCUCUGAGGCAUUUGAUUCGGCAAUAGAGAAGUAUUGUUUCAGAGAAAGUACGAUUCAAACAAAUUAUUUGAAAAAUAAAAUUCGGACCGAAGUUAUCGAACCCAUGCAAUUAAAAUGUCCCAGAGAAGACAGUUGUUCGAAUGAGAAAUUUGAAUAUGAUAAAUCGACAGUAGAAGAAAAAAUGGGAGACACUAAAACGGUGGUAGGUGUCCGUCUCCCAAAAUCUGAACGAAUCGCUCGUUCAAAUAUAAAUCAAUACUACAGGGAAGACCAAUUGCUGACAAACAAAGAAAACAUUAAUCCUUACAAAUUGGAACCACCCACGAAAAAACGCUUUACAUUCGGUGUUCUACAAAAAUAUCACGAUGAGGGCAAACGUGAAACCUCUUCCGUACUGUCGACCACUGGAUAUGACGCGAAACAGAGAUUUAUUGAAGAUUCAAAAAGUGUAAAUAAAAAAUGUCACUUGUCACCUUCCAGGAUGCCGCCGGCGACGUGGAAUCAGUGGGAUAAUCCGUUGGACUGGAAAUCUGAACGGAAUUUCUCAACGAUAAAUCUUGACUCCAUCCGGAGGGACGACGCGGUUGUGGGUCGAUUGUCCCGCCAAAUAGAAAACAAUUUGAAGGCCCCUUCUGAUUUUCGAGUUGGUCGGGGCUCGGAAAAUCUGCCUGAAGUAACUGAAAUCCGUCGCAGCGAAUAUUCAUCAGACACAUUGGUUCCGGUCGAUCAUGGUGGCGUGCAGCAGACGAGACCGGAAGUAAGAGUUUUCAAGGUACCGACCGCCCGUGCGCCCAAAUGCAGUGAUCGACUUAGUGGUAAAACGACGCUGGACAAGUAUUUCCGAGCGGCCAAAACUUCACGACGGCUACGGGACCUAAAUUUCAGAAGGUUUUCAACACCAAACGUGAAAACUCAUGUUGAAAGACCGUCGUACGACCCAGCAGGGCAACAAAGGACUGCAGGCCUCGGGGACGAAAAACUAUUUCUCCCAAACAGUUUUCUCAACAACAAUUUGGAAGACUCGCGUGACACCAGUACCACACAGCAUUUACGUUGUUAUUUUCAGUCGACCUCUAAGAACUUAUGAAAAUAACACCCGUGCCUUUGACCGGAUUUAUUUGCCCCUUAACAUGUGAAGAAUUUUGACAAUAUAAUAUAUUUUAAAUAUAUAAUAAUUAUAUUACUAUGUAAUAUUAUUACAAGUAUAUUGAAGCUUCAGUAAAACACGUGAACAAAGUUUUACCAGCAGAUUGUUUGUUUGUUUGUAUAUUAACAUAAUUACUUUUAAAAUUAGUUUAUUCGUGUACUUUGUUACAUCACAAGUUCAUUUUAAAAGUUAUUAAAAGAUGCAUAUUUUUUG